GCCACGGCUUCAACCGCACGCGACUAUCCUUUGGCAUACGAAUCGCGUAUUCCGUAUCGACAAUUGAUCGAGAACGUAACAUUGUCUUGAAGAGGUGCAUCUUUAAAAAAUCAGAGUCCUACAAACUAUUCGAAAAGAUCAAGAUAUGAAGAUUACCAAAUAUCUUUGCUGCACUCUGGCUUGUAUGUGCCUACUGAAGGUGGCAAAUACUGAAAUUUCGAGAGACAAGAAUUCACUUUUGCAGUUCGAACGACAGCUUCUAAAUGCCCUAAACGCUGAGAAAACAAUCAAGUCAAAGAGACCAUUUUGCAAUACUUUCACUGGAUGUGGCAGAUUUGUUUCGGAAGAAAGGAGAAUGAAGAAGAAAGGACUUUCCACUCUACAAGAUUUAUCGGACUUUGAAGUGACGAACAACAACGUUCAACUUCCGGUUUCUCUGUACAGGGCAAUGCUAGAUGCCGCUAAACAAAAUGUUUGGAAAGUGAUGGAUCAUGAGGCAUAUGAUUAUCGAUUACAACAAAUACCGCGGAUUUAUCUUUCGGGUCAAAUGCCUGUACGCAACACGAUGGAAAGCUAAUUUUAACGGACACAAUUUGAUGCAUAGGCACCGUCAGAAUUUGUAACAGACGAAAUUAUACUUUAUUUUCUUGUUUUCAAAUGCGUAUUAUGAAAUUUAUUUACAAUACUAAUUAAAUAUUUCAUAAGAAAUUAUGUUAAUGAAUUUACCUAUAUUGUUUUAUUGUUAACUAAAGCUUAAUUCUUCCGCGACAGGAUGCAAUCGUAUUUUUUUGCAGCUAUUUUACGGGGCUUAUGUUU